AUGGCGGAACUGCAAGAUCUGGUGGGUUCUCUGGCCACCUCCAGUGCAAACAAGUUCAACAACAUCGAGCAGUUCAUGGAGAAAGCUUCAGGCAAAUUCAUGGAGCUAGAAGCUGUUCAGAGAAACACGCAGACUGUUCUUCGGGAUAUCCAGACCCAGCUUGGGAGUGUUGCCCAGGCUGUAGCUAAGAUGCCUCCUGGUACUCUACCCGGUCAGACCAUCCCUCAUCCGCAGAACCCGAAUGAGCACUGCGGGGCCAUUACUACCAGGAGUGGCAAGGUGACUGCCGAUCCACCUGUUCGAACAGAAGAGAGAGAGACCCCUGCUUCAGCACUUCCAGCUAAUGAAGAUGACAUGGAGAAGGAGGUUGAGGUGCCUGCUCCUAAAACGCAACCAGUGGUGAAGGAGUAUGUACCCCAGCUCCCUUUUCCUACUCGGUUGCACAAGGACCGACUGGAGACUGAGUUUGCCAAGUUCAUGGCAAUGCUGAAGCAGGUGAAUAUAAGCAUGCCCUUCGUGGAGGCAUUAUCGAAGAUGCCCAAGUAUGCCAAGUUCAUGAAAGAUCUCCUCACCAACAAGAGGAAGCUUGGGGAGCUGUCAACGGUGAUGCUCAACGAGGAGUGUUCUGCCAUCCUGCAGAACAAACUACCAGAGAAGCGAAAAGACCCAGGGAGUUUCACUAUCCCUUGCAUGAUUGGUAGUUUGCAUAUAGGGAAGUCCUUGGAGGAUUUAGGCGCUAGCAUUAAUGUCAUGCCAUAUAAAUUGUUUAAAAAGCUAGGCCUAGGUGAACCCAGUGAUACUAGGAUGAGCAUUCAACUUGCUGAUAGAUCCAUUGUGCAUCCUAGGGGCAUUGCAGAGGACUUGAUAGUCGCAGUAGGGCCAUUCUCUUAUCCUGUUGAUUUUGUGAUUUUGGACAUAAAUGAGGAUGUGGAUGUGCCAUUGAUAUUGGGUAGACCUUUUCUCGCCAUCGCCAAGGCGCUCAUUGAUGUGAAUGAUGGAAAACUGAUUUUGCGAGCUGGGGGUGAACAAAUCACCUUCUCUGUUUCUGAUAAUAUGAAACACCCCCAGCUCCAUGAUGAUCUAGAUUACUGUGAUGUUGUUGCUGAUUUUGAGACCGCACUCGCCAUCACGAGUGCGGGUACUGAUGAUUUCCUUGAGCGUUGUCUUUUGCUAGGGGAACAGGCAUCACAGGACAUGCAGCUGGAGGAGCAGCUCGCGGAGCUAGACGAGGCCAUGAUCGAGGGGGCGAGAGAUACCAUUCAAGCCGAUACCUAUCUCGCCCCGGAUCGCUACAUCAUUGGAGGAGCCACCAGAGCUGGAGCUUAA